AUGGCCGACCGUAUUUCUCAGAUUGCAGGACACCUCAACUACCCCAAGGGGUUGAUGGCCGGCCAAGUUGCCAUCAUCACCGGUAGUGGGCAAGGAAUUGGUGCCGAAGCAGCCCGGCUCUUUGCGAACGAGGGUGCAUCUGUCGUUGUAUCUGACAUUGACGCCACCAAGGCCAAGGAGGUUGCCAACAGCAUCAAUGCCUCCGGUGGGAAGGCACUUGCUGUGCCGGGCGACUUGAUGGACAGCAACUACAUCAACGAGCUGGUCAAGAAGGCCGCCGAAUUCGGCAACGGCAAAAUCCACGUCAUUGUGAACAAUGCGGGCUACACAUACGACGGCGUCAUCCACAAGAUGACCGACAAGCAGUGGGACACAAUCCUACACCUACACGCAAAGGCACCCUUCCAGCUCGUGCGAGCCGCCGCACCGUACUUCCGUGUCAAGGACGGCGAGCCGAGGUCGAUCGUCAACAUUUCUAGCACAUCGGGCAUCCACGGUAAUGCCGGCCAGGCCAACUACGCCGCCGCGAAGGCCAGUGUCGUCGGUCUAUCGAAGACCAUCGCGAAGGAGUGGGGCCCUGCGUUCGGCGUGCGCGCCAACACCAUUGCCUAUGGACAUAUCUUGACACGCCUGACGCAGGCGAAGGAGAAGGGUGCAUUUGUCUUGGGGCCGGACGGCACGAAGAUUGCUCUGGGAAUUCCGGAGGCCAUGCAGGGAUCAAAGGAUGCACAUGCUGAUAUCGCGCUCAGGAGGCCGGGUUCCGCAACUGAAGCAGCAUCAGCGAUCCUGGCAGUCGCCAGCCCACUGUUUAGCUAUGUGACUGGCCAGACGAUCAUGGUCACUGGAGGAAGGAAUAUGUAG